GGCUUGCUGCGAGACCGCACCGCGGGCGUCCCGGCGGGGGUGGGGCUGAACUGGUACCCGCCCGUCAGGCCGGCCUCUCCCGUCGUUUUCUGUCGCUGCGCACCGAGCGUCUCGCGGGCCUGGGGGGGCCGGCUUCCUGGCACAGGAAAAAUGGAGGAGUCACCAAACCAGAUGCAACCACUGAAUGAGAAGCAAAUAGCCAACUCUGAAGGUGGAAAUGUGUGGCAAGUCACUGACAUGAAUCGCCUACAUCGGUUCUUAUGCUUCGGCUCUGAAGGUGGGACUUACUACAUCAAGGAACAGAAGCUGGGCCUGGAGAAUGCUGAAGCUUUGAUUAGACUGAUCGAAGAUGGCAGAGGAUUUGAAGUGAUACAGGAAAUAAAGUCUUUUAGUCAAGAAGGCAGAACAGCAAAGCAAGAGCCUUUGCUUUUUGCACUGGCUAUUUGUUCCCAGUGUUCCGACAUCAGCACAAAACAAGCAGCGUUUAAAGCUGUUGCUGAAGUUUGUCGCAUCCCUACCCAUCUCUUCACCUUUAUCCAGUUCAAGAAAGACCUGAAGGAGAGCCUGAGAUGUGGAAUGUGGGGCCGUGCUCUUCGGAAGGCCGUUGCUGACUGGUACAACGAAAAAGGUGGCAUGGCGCUUGCUCUAGCAGUCACCAAAUACAAACAAAGAAAUGGCUGGUCUCACAAAGACCUUUUAAGACUGUCACAUCUUAAACCCUCCAGUGAAGGACUUGCCAUUGUGACCAAAUAUAUCACAAAGGGCUGGAAAGAAGUCCAUGAAUUAUAUAAAGAAAAGGCACUUCCUGUGGAGUCUGAAAAAUUGCUGAAGUAUCUGGAGGCUGUAGAGAGAGUGAAGCGUACAAAAGAUGAACUUGAAGUCAUUCAUCUAAUAGAAGAGCAUAGGUUAGUUAGGGAACAUCUGCUAACAAAUCACUUAAAGUCUAAAGAGGUGUGGAAGGCCUUGUUACAAGAAAUGCCUCUUACUGCAUUACUAAGGAAUCUGGGAAAGAUGACUGCUAACUCAGUGCUUGAACCAGGGAAUUCUGAAGUGUCUUUAGUGUGUGAAAAACUGUGUAAUGAAAAACUGUUAAAAAAGGCUCAUAUACAUCCUUUUCACGUUUUGAUUGCACUAGAAACUUACAAGGCAGGCCAUGGACUCAGAGGAAAGCUGAAGUGGUCCCCUGAUGAGGAAAUCUUGAAAGCAUUGGAUGCUGCUUUUUAUAAAACAUUUAAGACAGUUGAGCCAACUGGAAAGCGGUUUUUGUUGGCUGUUGAUGUCAGUGCAUCUAUGAACCAGAGAGUCCUGGGCAGCAUACUGGAUGCCAGUACCGUGGCUGCGGCCAUGUGCAUGGUGGUCACAAGAACAGAGAAAGAUUCUUACAUAGUUGCUUUUUCAGAUGAAAUGGUGCCAUGUCCAGUGACUACAGACAUGACCUUACAGCAAGUUUUAGUGGCCAUGAAUCAAAUCCCGGCAGGGGGCACUGACUGCGCUCUCCCCAUGAUCUGGGCUCAGAAAACAAGCACGGCUGCUGACGUCUUCAUCGUCUUCACUGACAACGAGACCUUUGCUGGAGGUGUCCACCCUGCUGUGGCUUUGAGAGAGUAUCGAAAGAAAAUGGAUAUUCCAGCUAAACUGAUUGUUUGUGGAAUGACAUCAAAUGGUUUUACUAUUGCAGACCCAGAUGACAGAGGCAUGUUGGAUAUGUGUGGCUUUGAUACUGGCGCUCUGGAUGUAAUUCGAAAUUUCACAUUAGAUGUGAUUUAACCGUAAGCACCAGUGUGGCCUAAAAGGUCCGCUGCCCUCCUUGACUUCUACAAACACUUGCUAAUUCCCUGCUACUAUCAGUGCACUGACAGUGGUCCAGUGUGUGCAGAAUGGGAACUUAUUUCAACCAAAGGAAGGGAAACAAGACACGAAAAAGGAGAGAAGGAAGGAGCAAAACAAGAGUUGCCCGUGGUUGUUUACUAAGUUAGCACUUGGGAAGUAGGUUCAAGAUACUGUAGCUUCCUCUAUAUCAUAAAAAACUUCUGUUGUUAGUAGACAGUCAGAUAGUCCAACAUUUGUACCAAGAGGUGUGAGAUCCUAAAGUAUGGGCAGUUCCACAUUAUAUCACCUGUUUAAGAAUUGCUUACUGUUUUCUUAAAACGUUUUCAUUGGAAAAAGCUUUGAUAAUGUCCAGAUCUCUACAGUGCAUUAGACCAUGUAACUGUGAGGGGAGUUAAGACUCGUGCGGACUUAUGCCAUGGGGUCCAAAAAAACAAAGGAAAACAUUUGAUUAAAUUAUGAAUGAGGUUUACAAAUUCAGAGCUUUCUAAGGUCACAUGAAGAACAGCUUAUUCAGUGAGAAGAUCCUUAAAUGCUUGUUUUAUUUACUUUUAGAAUUUGUUAACAUUUAGGCAAAAUAUAAUGAAACCCUUAAGAAGAGACUCUUCACAGGUCUGCAGGAGGUGAAUGCACUUCAUCAUAUUUUAUUGCUAGGAGCAAACACCCGAGGAAAAGUGAUUUCUUCUUAGCAACAACCUAGCUCUUUACUCACAGGCGUUUUGUCCUUUUGGUAGACAAAAAUAACUUCAGAUGUUUCAUGCAUUUAAGUCCUCUAUUCAUAAUCUUGAAAGUAUAAAGAUUCAAGAGUUAUAAUCAGAUUUGGACUUACCUUGCUCUUAAAAAAAAUUGCUUUAAUUUCAUUUUCUAGAAAUUGUAAACCUGUCAGUGGCCUCAUCCACUAUCGAUUCUUUAAUAACAAAAAGAAAAAAACAGGUUAGGUCCUCAAAAGGCAAUUUUAAAAGUCUAUAGGAAAUUAAAAUUUUUUUUCACUAUACUUAUUCUUUUCUUGAGUAAAUAUUCUGUCUUCAUUGAAGGUUUAAGAUGCCAGUCUCUUAAUUCUGUAAUGAUAUCUGAGAUAGCUUACAGGUGCAUUGUUCUUUCAAUAUUAAUUGAAGAUUUGGGGGUGGGAGUAGUAAAACCUUUCUCACUGUUAUGUGAAAAGUCAGACACUAGUUAGUGUAAAUUAAAGCCCUGUGUGUGCCUGGGGAUUAGAAGUUUUUUAUAUAUGGUAAAAGGCUUUGAUAGUGUGAGGAUUUCUGUACAUAUUUUCUUUAUGUUUCAUGAGAAAUGUAGGCUCUAGGAAUAAUGAGAAAAUGUUCUUUUCAAAUAGAUUUGACACAUUAAUACUAGCUCUGGCAUGUAAACAUGCCUCAGGGAAACUGGUAGCAACUAUUAUUUACCUAGGGCAUUGUGGCUCACAAAGCUCGAAGUACCUUCGGUGUCAAAUAUGCAUUGGGUCUAUGAUUAUUCUCAUUUUAACUGUUUGUCAAGCAUGGAAGUUAACAUUUUGGCUACUUUUGACACCUAAAAAUGGUGUGUUCCAGCAGAAUCAAGUUAAAGAGCCUAAGAAUUAAUUGUAUGAGCUUAGGAAUUCUUUGAACCCAGGAUCUUCUGAAAAUAAAAUUAUAACGAUUUAACUUUGUAACUCCUAAUGGAGAUGCUAAGUAGAAUGGGAAAGUUUAUUUCUAUGAGUUACACACUAUUUAAAGGAUUUUUAGGCAAUAUGGUAUGCUUAGAAUCCAGUAUUGAACCCACCAGAAAUGUAGCAUUAGAAGUACCUCUUUGAAAUAUUAGAUUGAUCUAGUUAAAUGGAUUGGGGUAAGAUGUAAGAAAAGAAAAUUAAAAGAAGCCAUUACCACAAGUAAUUUGUAUUUUCAAGUCAUGGAACUACAGACUUG